AUGAAGUUGAGACUCGGACAGCGCGAUCAGUGGACAUGUACAAAAGACGGGUGUCAAGAGCAAAAAUCAAUUAGAAAAGGAACUUUUUUGGAAGGCACCAAGCUGAACUUCAGAAAAAUUGUAUUUUUUAUCUAUUGGUGGUCGAAAGAGAUGGCCAGUGUGAAGUUUUGUGAGGAUGAACUGGACAUUAACCACAACACGAGGGUUGAAUGGUGCAUUCUUAUGAGAGAGGUUUGUACUGUUAACCUUAUGCGGAAUCCACUCCAAAUAGGUGGUCCUGGGUCUGCAGUUGAAAUUGACGAAAGUCUUUUUUCUAGAAGAAAAAAUCAUGUUGGGCGUGUGUUGCCUCAGCAGUGGGUGUUUGGGGGGCUGUGUCAGGAGACAGGGGAGUGCUUCCUAGUUCCGGUGGAAGAUAGAAGUGCGCAAACACUUCUACCGAUAAUACAACAACACGUGAGGGCAGGAUCCACAAUAAUUAGUGAUGAGUGGAGAGCCUAUCGUGGUAUUCAAGGGCUUCCAGAACAAUACAACCAGGAAACUGUGAAUCACAGCUUACAUUUUGUGAACCCACAGACUGGAGCACACACACAGGGGAUAGAGGGUACUUGGCGGCUAGCGAAGCAUCGUAAUAAGAUUCAAUGCGGUACAAAUUGUAAUAUGCUGGAACCGUACCUAGCAGAAUUCAUGUGGCGAAGAAAGUUUGCUGGCCAUGAUCUUUUUCAGCAAAUUUUGAAUCACAUCAGUAUGCAAUGGCCCCCUCAAUAA